AUGAAUCCAAUCAUAACAAUCAGCACACUCCUCAUCGUGACCUUUUCUCUUCUCUGCUCUGUGGAGGCUCUGCUAUGUGUCAUGUGCAGUCAUUUCAAUUCUACCAAGCAUUGUGUUACGCAUUCAGGAUAUUGCCUAACAAAACGAGAUCAGAAGUGUCUCUUAUUGACAGUUUCUUCAGGUGAAUCUCUCAUUUAUGGGGCCCAGACAUGCUGGACCCAUUGCGUGAACAAAUACCUUCUCAGAGGAAAUGUGAAAGAAGAACAUAAAUGUUGUGAUUCCCAACGUUUGUGUAACCAGUUUUGA